ACCGGCAUGCCUGGCCGUACGUCACGAGUCCAGUUUGCGAGCGCGGGCAAGGCUUUUGGCUCGGCGCGUUUCAGAGUCAUCUGUGAACACUGAAGCAUUGCAGAGUCAUCUGUGAACACUGAAGCAUUGCAGAGUCAUCUGUGGACACUGAAGCAUUGCAGUCGAUUCGAAGUGUCAAGUGACGCGUCCUGAACAAUGUCGCGGCAACCGCAGGGAGUGUCAAGAUCAGCGUCUGUGGAGCAGGAUGGUCAAGGACGCUGAUGGGGAGUUGGAGGCAGUCGCCCUCCAGUAACAGCGAAGGGCAGAGGAGCACCGCUCACAACAAUGAGCAGAACGCCGGGCAGCUAAACGUACACAGUUGGCAUAGGAUACAAUCUGGGACAUUGCCUUGGCGGAGGUGAAAACUCGAGCCGGUGGACAGGAGGGGACAGGGGCUGGGAGCGCCCAGCCCACAGAGUCCACCGUGUUCUUCAUGGGCAGUCGCUCCGCCGGAAAGACAACAUUGAUUCAUCGGUUUCAGGAUCGGGAUGAUGAGCCUCCAAAGGCCACCACGGCACUGGAGUACGCCUAUAGUCGCCACUCACGAGGACAGGUAAAGGAUGUGGCUCAUGUAUGGGAGCUGGGAGGUGGAACGUUCCUCACUGACCUCAUCAAGAUCUUCAUAGUCCCAUCAAACCUGAGCUCGCUGUCCGUGGUGCUGGUGCUGGACCUAUCGGAGCCCGGCCAGCUCUGGAGGACACUCGACGAUCUGCUCAGAGCCGCCCGUACACACGCCGUGUCCGCAAUCGCCGAGCUCGCGAAGACGCAGAAGCAUGCGGCCGAUGCCCUCCGACAACAGGCUGCUGAGCGUCUGGGCAGCGAACACUCGGAUAAGGCAAUGGUUGACCCAUUUCCCUUACCCCUGGUAAUCAUUGGCAUGAAAUAUGACAUCUUCCAGAACUUUGACUCGGAAAAGCGAAAGGUGAUCAGCAAGACCAUGCGCUUUAUAGCUCACUACAAUGUGGCUACGCUGCUGUUUUGCAGCAACAAAAUGGAUGCAUUAAUGAAUCGGGCACGGAAUGUGAUCAACCAUCUGGCUUACCACACCUUGCUUGGGAGAGUCAGCGUCACCGACUAUGGGAAGCCACUCAUGAUUCAAGCAGGAUCAGACUCUCUGCAGAAUAUCGGUGGCCCACCCGUCUCUCAGAAGGAAAUGGGUCGCAUUCACGCACGCAGCCCUAUGGAGCUCUGGGAGAAAUCUUACAAGGCCAUAUUUCCACAAGAGGAGGUGGAUGGACGGGACAAAGACGGAGACCCAGCCAAGGACAAGCAGUACGCAGAGCUGGCCGUGGAUGCCAUGCGAGCCCAGAAGGACCAGGAGCUGGAGGAGUACCGGAGGAGCGCUGGACAGCAGUGGAGAGACAUCAAGCUGGGGUCCAAAUCCCGGUGACACAAACACGCAUGCAUGUGCGUUCAGACGAAUGCAUGUCUCAUGGAGUAGGGACCUUAAAUUUUAGAUUUGAAGCUUUCGUGAUUGCAAGGAUUCAUACUCUUAGGUUUUUUCGGUAAAGUCACGUAGGUAAAAAAUAACAUUAAAAUUAAUAAAGGUAAAAUAAAAAUCACGACGUUUUGGAGGCAACACAAGCUUCCGUCUUCAGGUGGAACCGUCACAGCACGAUUGCUGUAUCAAGACGGAAGCUUGUGUUGCCUCCGAAACGUCGUGAUUUUUAUCUUACUUUUAUUAAUUUGAUUUUUUAACCUACGUGACUUUACCGAAAAAACCUAAGAGUAUGAAUACCUUAAAUGUUGUUCGUUUGGACCUGAGAGGCAGAUGUAACCCAGCAAACACUUGAAUAUUAUUUUAUUAUCAAAAGUAUUUACCUCUAGCAAUGCAGCAGUUAAAAUAUGCUAUCAGCCUUAGUCUGACACUCUUUAAAAAAGUAUCUGACAAAUUUCAUUCUUGAAAAUGUAAUUUGGAUCAGCACCCUUGAAAACCCGCACAUGCUCAUUUUUGUAGGCCUAGGUUCAAAAACAAAUACAUUCAAAAUAUGUGCCCUUAGCUAUACAUACUAGAACUACAUAUUUACAACCCUGUAUAUCAAGUAAUAUCAAAUAGUAUAUUAAAUAUCCUUGAAUAACAAUUAAGAGAACCCUGAUCACUGCAAGGUCCUGUUCUCAUCUUUGACCAGUCUAUUAUUCUACCUGUCCCCAAUUCUCAACUGCCCAUUUGUGUGGCUGGGAAGCACCCAGUCAUUACUGACAAAUAUAUCUGCAAAAGUCAAACAAUUUCUGCAGCCGUGUUAACUUUGGUCUUAAGAAAACAUGUCCGAUGUUGCGUGGUUGCAAUGUAACCAAUCAAGAGUCUCAGUCUUACCAUUGCAUGAUCUCCAUGUCAGCUUGUGACUUCUCUUCAAACUGUGGUACAGAUAAUGAAUCUAUUGCUGCUGCAAAUCUCACAGAACCUGAUUCCAAUAUAAGUAUGUCCUAUUCCAUGCUCACCAUACUUAGCUCCUACCUCAGCAAUGAAGUCCCCUAGUAGUAGCAGUGUGGUGGUACGUGGCCGGAACAAUACAUCAGGCUACUUCCACUCUUUUCUCAAUGUUUGUACAUGCUAUUGGACUGUUUGAGGCUCAUCUGCCUUUAGUAAUCAACAGAUUGCCCAGAGUCCGAACUAACCUAUUGUGAGUGCCAUUGGCCUGAGAGUCCAAUGAGUGCCUCAUCUUGUGUUAUAACCAGAUAGAAGUACAUGGAGACAAUAAGUAUUUUUUUCAUGGGAAUACUUCACAUCGCCAUACAUUGUACGAUAAAUGAUGAAUUGAGCUAAAGCAGAAAAAUGAGAAAAGUAUAGGCUGCAUAAACACACGUGCAUAUAUUUAAUUAUGCACAGGCAAAUUGCGUUUUUCCGUUGGAGUAUAAUGAGCAGUCAUUUCAGCUGUAGUUUUGUGUUUUGAGAUUACUUGCUACAGUAAUGUCUCUCUGGGUGGUCUGCUGUUCUGCCACUAUGAAUGGAUAGUAUUCAGGUCUGACAAAAAAAUCCAGAAAACAAAAAACGACAAAAAAUGGUCUCAUAAAGCUUUAAAUAAAUGUAACUUUAUCAAGCAAGCAAUAACGCAACCCGAAGCGGAAUAUCGUGUGACGUGUCAUUAGAGUAAACGCGAGCAUUGUCUCCCCAUGCCUGUGUGUGUGUGUGCGUGCACAUGCGGAAUUACCCCUCGGUGGACAACUAUUUACCCUGUCCGUAAUGACACUGCGGACAUUAACAUCAUACCAUUUAAUUGAGAAAAAAGCAACAAUUUUAAAUAGGUUCGUGCAUAAUGUGAACGUUUUUGUUUUGCUACAAUUAGACCCAAGAGAGAGAAUAUAACAUCUUUAUCUUGAGAGGAAUUGUAGCUGGUGUUGUUUUGAUGUUUUGUAGAAGGGGUGGCUGGCCGAGUGAUUGCAGUUGGAAGCCCCUGUGGUUAUUAAUACUAGAGUAGCUCUGAAGUAAACUCCGGCGUAUGUUCGCACAUAGGUUUUUUUCAAGAGAAAGUUUUAUUAGAAAAAUGGUAUCUAUGGGAUCAUUUUUUGUUAGUAUCAAAAUGAUGACUUGAUGCCUUGCAAUCGGUGUCUAUUUGGUGUUUGAACAUCUGAACACCUCCUUUGGUACCACAACUCAGGAGUGGAUGUCAGUGAGGAAAUUGGCAAGCCAUUUUUUUAGUGCAUAGUCCUAAGUUCUUCAUGCAUUUAGGAUAUAUCCUACUAAGGCCUGCGAUUUUACCGGAUUUUAUCUGGGCAAUACUAGCGUCGAAUUCCCAGGUUGAGAAAGGACCAGAGAAUGCGGAGGUUAGAGUGGUCAAGAGUGCGGUAGAGUAUUUAGUAAACUUGCUGUCUUUUGUUUUUGUCGAUCAGUGCUCGUGAAUUGCUGAUUAGUGGUCUGGCAAUGUCGUCAGGGUCGACUACGGGAGCUUGAGGGCCGACUACGGGAGUUUGUAGGCCUACGUCGCUGCUGCUGCUGCGUCUUGCAGUCUUAGGAGAGUGCCAGGCUUUUUGACUCGUUUUUGCAAACUCAAGCACCUCCACUGUUUUAAGAAAAAGAUCCCAUCCUGUAGCCUUAGCAUACUGUUGGGGCGAGUGCUGUUAGCGACCACCUAUGAAAGUCAGCACAGCACGUGAGGGAGUGGGUGGCCAGCAUCACUAGUUGUGAUGUUUACACAUCGCAUCAGGUCCUCAUAUGAUGCUGAGUUGACCUAGGGGAGGCCAAGCAUCGGUUCAGAUAAUAGCAGGAAUCAAACUCGGGCCGUGGGAUUUGAAGCAUAAUGCGCUAACUGCUACACUAAAGCUCCCCACAUCUACAUUGUUUUGUGUGCGGAGGCCCUUUGUGGUAGUUUGUGGUAGUUUUUGGUACUCUGGGGUAAAGUUUUUUUUUGGGUUAGAUCGCAUAAAUAUAUACAUGUGUCAUUAAAACCCACCACCACCCGACACAGCCAACUAGUAAGGGUCAUCACGUAAACAGAACAUUCCAGUUCGUCACUAGUACAGCACUACGUGUUAAACUGACUUUGGGGUAAAUUUACAUUACUUUAUCAUUGAAGCUUUCGUGACUGCAGGAAUCCAUACUCUUUGGUUCUUUCGGUAAAGUCACGUAGGUAGAAAAAUAAAAUAAAUCACGACGUUUCGAUCGCAACACAAGCAAUCGUCAUCAGGUGGGUCAACCACAGCAAAAAAAACUGCUGAAGUAGGCGAGAGAUCUGCCGUGGCACGAGGUUAUAUAGUAGGCCUCGGCAGUGGGGGGAAGAGAGAAGUGGGGGGGGAGGCGGGGCAGGAAGUGGACCACCGCAGCAGCACUGGAGAGAUCGGCUGGAGGGGGGGAGAGAGAAGUUGUUUAGUUGGAAUUCUGUUAAACAAGGUAUUGCAAUAGUCCAGGUGGCUCAGCGAUAGAGUUUUUGUACGAAUGGAAACUUAAAACUCUCCAGUGACCAUACAACAUAUAACGAUGCAAUACCCGAAUCACAAAUACCAAGGAGACAUCACAGCUAUACACUCUGCUACUCCUGAUGCGGUUAUUGGGCUUGACCAUCUGAAUGUGAAAUCAUAGUUGCUCUGCAUCUACAUCAGCCAAACAAAAGAAGAAGAAGCAGUUGAACGAGUGGCUCGAAAUCCUAAAGUUGCGAGUUCAAAACCUAGUUGGGGGUUGAAUCAGUACAUUGUCCCUCGAGGUUGAUAAAAUGAACACCACUGAAUGGGGAAGUCAACCGUGUUUGUCCUAUGGUUAUAUACGCCCCCACCAGAGAAAUGUGUAAUUUCCACGAUUGGCUCAGGGCUGUAAACAGGGGAUAAGCACCACCUCAAUUCUAAUUUGAGUUUGAAAAGGAAGAAAAAAUCAAAUGGUUUUGAUGAUUUGUCCCACUAUUAGUGAGAGACCUGAAAAAACAGAAAAUAUCGAAAUCAUUAAAUGCUCAAACUUGAUAUUCUGACUUCAUCACAAUCACAUUAUUUACUGCUGUAAAUGAAUUUUCAAUAUUGCACACGAAACUGUCAUCAUCAGUCAUGAUCAAUCCAAUUCUGGAUAAAAGCUUCCCCAAGCCGCCGCCGCCACCUUACAAUCUUGCAAUGCAGUACAUUUUGCUAAAUCCCCAGAUUGCACACUGUCUCCUCCACGCAGAGGCUUAGUAGCAAGAGCACUGACCACUAGGACACACAUCUGCCUUAAUUUCCUGGCAAAUGAUGAUUUCAUGUGCUCUCGCUUGUGUGUUUGCUAGAUAAACACUGAGGCUAAGGCUUAUGAAAGUCACUCGGGCUGCAGGUUGCAACAUGUGGGCUGUUUAUUAUUUUCCUAAAAGCCGCUCCCAGCGUCCUCCCUGUAUGCCCCCCCCCCCCCCCCCACUUUGCCCUCGUAUGUCUUUCUCUGUGUGUCUGUUGUGCUGGUCACCCACCCCUUUGUGUGCUGUGCCGGCCUUCAUAGGUACUUGCUAACAGCACUUGCCUCAACAGUCAGUUAAGGCUAUAUGGGGGAUCUUUGUAUGGCUUUGCCGAUUUCAUUCAUGCUGCAGUUUGGUUUGGCAAAGUUCCAACAGCAGCCUGUCUGUUGAACACCCCACCCUACAUAACCAUCAUGCCUCUUCCAUACAUAUUCACACGCAAAGGUUCACCAUUUACAUUGAGCCUUAUCGUCUCUUUAUUUACAUUGUUAAUUUUAUUCUCCACAACGACAUUACCUGUUAAUGAUGUGUAGUGUAUUAUAUAGCUUUGCAUCACACUAGGACCCACAUCUAACGUAUAUUUUGCCUAUAAAGAUCUGGCAGUUCACCAACAUUGGUUCAUACAAGUCUGGUUGCCAAUGAGACAAUAAAUGUUGAAACUACUCUCGAGUUAUGUUGAAGCAACAGUAGUAUACAGAGAGUCCCCGACUUACGAUGGGGUCAUCGUAACGCAUCUCCAUCGUAAUUCGGGGACUACCUGGAGUCUGUUGGAGCAAAUGCUGUUAACGAGCACCUAUUACGGGUGAUAAGAUCAUGACAUGCACGUUUUGGUUGCUUGUUCACAUUUUCAGGUAGGUACCUAUUUUUGUCCGAAUAAACCUUGAAGAUACCCAAUCUGUAUUCAGUUAUACCACACACAACACCUCUGGCCAGUGGUGUGUGUGGUCGUGAACUAAACUAGUGUGCUAACAAAGAAAAGUGCUACCAGACAGCACCUAUCAAGACCGACACCUAGGGGAGCGCCUGGAACCAGUUUUAAUAUCUCAACUGAUGAUAGUCGUGGCUGUGAAUCUGUGAUUGAAUAUCAGGUUGCUGGAUUUGCAGCACGGUACACGAACCACUGCACCACAGCUCCCCACAGUGUCAGAACACAAUCACAAAUACACCAUAUACACAUACACAGUGGCAGACAGCAUACUAUUCCCACUCGACAUACACAAUAAACAACAUUUACAUAUGCAGAAACCCACAUAGCCACAAAGCGAACAUGCACAUUGUACACAUUUACAAGCAUGCACACUAUACACACAACUAUUAUCCAUAUAGCAAAAUGUCUUGAUCAUAUUUCUGUCUUUUCACAUAAAAAUAAAAGUAUUUCUUCCACAACCCACGGCCUUCUGGGAGUGCAUUAUUUCUGCAGCAUUGAUUCAAGACGAGCAAACUCUGGGCCACUUUCAAUAUACAUUGUCUCCUCAGCAUUCAGGCUUGCUUGGAUCAAUGCUGGUGAACUAGCAAUCUAAAGGUAAGAACCCUGUACGAUAUAUGAGUGCUAA